GCAAGGCGUAUGGCAUAUUUUGACACAAGAGAUCCAAACUAUCCAGCUGUUGCUUUUAUCACAAUGCAUGACGACAGAGAAAAAAUAAAACCACUUAUUUAUGCACGGCUAGUCUACGAUGAUGGAAGCUCUGUAUGCACUAGAUUAGAGUACUGGGGACACAGUGGGGAGCUUGAUCUGAGGCAUGGAGUGAGAGAGCUCUAUGUUCACUAUUUAAUGAGAAACACUAAGAUGAUUGACUCCUCCUUAUCUCCGAUCUCAGCCACUUUAACUACCGACUCAACCUGCUCUGGUGGUCACUCCAAAACUAUUCUAAUUAAAGACACACGCAAGCAAAAAAGCAACUACGACUUUGGAGUUUGCUUGCAUCAGGCUUUGUACAAUUUGACCGACCCACAGCUUUUGGUUGACUGGGUUGAGCUCAAUAUUGCUUUGGGUGCCAAAGUCAUCACUGUCUACCUUCAGGAUGUGUCCGAGUCUUAUUACGAGCUCAUGCUUCCUUACAUUGGGCGGGGCGUUGUCGAGGUACUAGACUGGAAGAUGGGCAUCCCCUACAUUAAAGAGUAUACUAAAAUUUGGGGACAGACAGGUGUCAUUUCCGAAUGCAUUUUCAGAAAUAUUAAUCGUGUUAAGUAUCUUGGACUCAUGGAUGUUGAUGAGUUUUUUGUGCCCCAGAAGCACCUCACUAUACCGGAGAUGCUCUUGGAUUUGGAAAAAAUGGCCGGGGCGAGGAACUCUGCUUCUUUUAUCCUUUACAAUGCCUUCAUGUGGAAUGAUGGUAUUCCUUUACCGGAGGUAGCACACUCUACGAAAUGUCCCGGCAUGAAGUGGCCUCGUUACUUUAUGAAUACAAAGCGUAGCUGUUUUCCUCCGUAUCAAUACAAAUAUCAUAAACUUAUUGUGAAGCCACUUGCUGUCAACACUGCUUGGUGUCAUUACAUAUUUGAGCCCUGGCAAAAAGGCUACACAAAAGAGUUCUAUGUUCCCAUAAAACUAGGCCUAACACACCACUAUAGGUUUCCAGAAAAAAAGACUAAAUCGUGGAAGUCACAGACAUUCACAAUGAGCAGGUACUUUGAAGUAACAAGGAAAGGCAUCAUGAAGCAGAUGUGUCAUGCUAAUUAUUGA